UCCUCCUGUGUGGCGCGGAACCCUUUGGUUGGCCUGGGGGUGAGGAGGAGAUUCUGCCUUCCCAAAAAGCAUGCUUUUAAAUCUCUGAUCUUGCCAGGUCUCGGGAGUCCAUUUCUGCGGAGGAGUGACUCUUCGAUCGAAGGAAUCGUCCGCGGCAGACGAGAAACUAACCGCUCGGGGGGGUCUUUGCAGCGGCGCGACAAUGAACGAGUGGGCACCCAUUGCCAAAGAAUAUGACCCGCUCAAAGCAGGAAGCAUUGAUGGUACGGACGAAGAACCCCACGACCGAGCCAUUUGGAGGGCGAUGACGGCCCGCUAUGUCCCCAACCGAGGUGUCACGGGAGACCCCCACCUCACGCUAUUUGUGGCGAGACUCGCCCUGCAGACCACUGAGGAGAAGUUGAAGGAAGUCUUUUCCCGCUACGGAGACAUCCGGAGGAUACGCCUGGUGAGGGACUUUAUCACGGGGUUCUCGAGGGGCUACGCCUUCAUCGAGUACAAGGACGAACGGGCCCUCUUGAAAGCUCACAGAGACGCCAACAAGCUGAUCGUCGACCAGCGUGAGGUGUUUGUAGACUUUGAGCUGGAAAGGACCCUGAAAGGGUGGAUCCCUCGGCGGCUUGGGGGCGGUUUCGGGGGCAAGAAGGAGUCUGGGCAGCUGCGGUUUGGGGGCAGGGACAGACCUUUCCGGAAGCCCAUCAACUUGCCCGCUAUGAAGAGUGAUUUCUAUGGAGAGGGGCAGGCAGAGAAGAGAGACAGGCCCUGGUCCCGGGACUGGAAAACAAGGGAUCGUGCUCAUGAGAGGAACCGGGAGCAGAGGCGGCCGGAAAGGGAGUGGAGCGAAAGCAGGAGGGACCGUGAGCGGCACUCCAGGGAGGAAAGAAGCUCUGGGAAAGAGGGAAGGAACAGGGAGAGGAAAGACCGGAGCAGAGACCACAGCUCCAGAAAGCGACGGGAUGAAGACCGAAACUGAUGGAUAUACUCCCGUCCGUCUUGUGCUGUUUGACUGCAGAACAUAGGUGUAAGACACAGGCUUCGGGUUCUCUGCCAGAAUACUUCAGGCUCUACGCUCAGGCUUGGCAAAUCAGGCAAAAAAGCUUUUAUUAUCGAAAAACAACAAGGGCAACCUCGAUUAACAAUGCUUCGAGGAAAAAAGAAAAUUCCACGUCCUUCGGGGGGGUGCCAAAAUACAAAGAGUAAUUAAAAUCAACUGGAACUUAUAAUGACUCCACAAGGUAGGAAAACAUCCUGCCCCCCACACCUUUUGCUAUUUUAUCUUUGGAAGAACCUGUUAAGACGCUGCCCCUCCCUGUCUCCAGUGCAGCUGUCAGUUAAGAAAUCUCAGCUGUGCAGCUCUUGCAAAGCUGAGUACCGGACAGUUCCUGUAAAGACUUGCAAGGUUAAUCCUCCCCCUCCUGCCGUCCUUCAGUUCUACAGAGUUGCUGUGUUACAGACAGGUUGGUGUCUUCCUUACAAUAGGGCUGCCAGGUCCCCCGGGUACCAGAAUCAGGCUGAUGUACCCGGCACGAUGACGUCACCCAGAGGUGACAUCAUCGCACCGGGCACGUCGUCGGGGGACGCUCUAGCGUUCGGCAUUAUCAAUGAGUUUUAAAGCUGGAUGCUAGAGCGUCCCUCGAUGGCAUGCCUGGUGCGAUGAUGUCACUUCCGGGCGACGUCAUUGCAGCGUGCGUGUGUAAGCUCCCGGACAAGGAGCUUCCAAUCCCCACUGGAUGCGAGCAACCCUAGCAGGACACCAGGGCAUGAUGGGAAAGCAUGAAUCCAGAUUCCCGAAUGAGAUGAACCCAGAUCAUUCCUAUUCAGGCCACGUGGACUCUAGGAAAGCUCUGGUUUAGGACUGGCCCAUAGGAAGUAAUGAAAAGCUGUCCUAAAGGGCGGUUCCACUGGAAACAGCAAGGCCCAAGGAUUGGUGGGCUGAAGCAGGCCAGCUUCGAGCCACUCUUCAGGCAAUCUUGGGUAACAGCAGAGCGAGAAAAGCGAUGUUUUUAAAAUAAUGGCACAGAACUGCCCAUCAUUUUGCCCUCAUGUCUGGCUGUGAGCAUUAUCCGCCCCAUGGGAAGAUUUCGCCUCCUUUUGUCCUGGCUUGGCCCAUGGCUCUGAGGCCUUGUUCACAACCAGGCGGUGGGUUUGCAUGGCCGUGUCAAAAACGCCACCGCCGGUUAUUCCGAAUGCGUUACUGGCCUUCAGCUGGGGUUUGAAUGAGUUGCACAACCACUUUGUGUGUGUGGGGGUGCAUAUUAUUACGGAAUAAACUGCAACCCGAUAAUGAGCCCAUUGUACUGUUUCCACGAUGGUGCAUCUGAUAGAAUGCUUCCUGUAAAAUUGAAUGAGGGUGUAUGUCUGUUCUUGGCUUUUUCUUUCUGGGCAGGGCUUGUGGGUGUUCUGGGAAUCAAGAGGUGUUUGUUGCAGAGUUAAUAAA